GCGCAACUGGUCGCCGUUCAUAAAGGAAGAUACUACAAGCGAGCAGAUGGAUUGGCUCUCGGUCCAGGCCCGUUCGUUGCUGCAUUAGAGUAUGCCACUGGGGCUAAGGCGGAAAUUGUCGGCAAGCCAGAACCUGCAUUUUUCCACAUGGGAGCUGCUACACUGGGCAGCGAUAUCGACCUCGCCAAUACUGUAAUGAUUGGUGAUGACGCUAAGGACGAUGUUCUUGGAGCAAUCAAAUCUGGUAUGAAAGGUAUUCUUGUCCGCACUGGGAAGUAUAGAAAAGGAGAUGAGCAACAAAUUCCUCUUGAACGGAGGAAUUGUGUCGAGUCAUUUGCAGAAGCCGUCGAUUUAAUCGAAAGCGGAAAGGUUUUAUAA